AUGUCGUCGCCAAAGGGCCAGGCCACUCCCAGCAGGAGGAUUUCAACAAACAAGAUGAGGGACUCGGACGGCGAGCUGCUGCAGUCUCUCCACCAGCUUUCCCUCUCAACUUCGCCCUCCUCGAACUCGCCCGUCCCCGCGCGCUCGCCUCGUUCUCCAAACCCAACGCCAGGAGCCACGGGCUCCCCCUACAGACCAGCUGUCGACCGAUCGCCUUCCGCCCUCAGCGUCAGGGCUGCCUCGCGCGGCCCCUACAACGGCCCUUCCUCAAAUGGCCGCGAGUCCCGCUCGGCGACCCCGACUCUGCUUCGAAAAGCAUCCAUGAACUCGCUACACUCGGCCAACGGCGUCACGCCUCUGCGACGCUCCAGCUCCGCCAACAUGUCCCCGACCGCAUCGCGCGCCAUGAGCUCGCCCGACCCCCCGCGGCCGCCUCCUCCGUCUGCUAACUCCAUAGCGAGGACGCACUUCACGAAAGAGCUCGAGCUUCUCCAUGGCGAGGAGUCGAACCGCGCCGCCGAGACGCUGGUUAUCCUCCACGAUUCGUGUUACGGCCACCGAUUUGCUCGCCCGCGCACGUCGCGCUCCGCCCUGAGCACCAUUGUCGAGCGGCCCGAGAGAAUAAAGGCGUGUGUCCUGGGGGUUUCGGCAGCAUAUGUGCUGCUCGGCGAGAGGCACGCCGAAGGGGAGCACGUGCUACACCCGAGCCUGAGCCCGGCGGCCAUACAGUCGAUACCUUUCCGGAUACAAAAGUCGAAGCGCCGUGUGUCUUUGACGUCUCCUGCGGUCACGAAUGUGCACGGCACCAAAUGGAUGGAGGAGCUCAAGACCAUGUGCGACUCGGCCGAGGCGAAGCUCGCGACCGGCGGCAAGGAGCUGCAGCGCCCCGAGAUGAACCGCGGCCCGGACCAUGAGCAGCCUAAGAAGCUGCACGAGGGGGAUCUGUAUUUGUGCUCGGAAUCGCUGGAGGCGUUGGAGGGUUCUUUGGGGGCUGUAUGCGACGCUGUUGACGCUGUCUUUGCGGAUUCCGGUCCCAAGCGCGCGUUUGUCGCGGUUCGGCCACCGGGCCACCACUGCUCUGCAUCAUAUCCGUCGGGCUUCUGCUGGGUCAACAAUGUGCAUGUUGGGAUCAUGCAUGGUAUUCUCGGUCAUGGCCUAACCCAUGCCGCAAUCAUCGAUUUCGAUCUCCACCACGGCGAUGGAAGCCAGCAGAUCGCCUGGCAGCACAACUCUAGGGGCGUAGGCUUGGCGAAGAAUGCGGCGUACUGGAAGAAGGCAUCGAUUGGGUAUUUCUCGCUCCACGAUAUCAACUCGUACCCUUGCGAGAUGGGCGACGAAGAGAAGGUUAAGAAUGCAAGCUUGUGCAUAGACAACGCGCACGGCCAGCACGUUUGGAAUGUGCACCUGGAGCCUUGGAAGACGGAAGCCGAGUUUUGGGCGCUUUACGAGGACAAGUACGCUGUCUUGCUGGAAAAGGCCCGAAAAUAUUUGAAAGCGCACACGGAAAGGCUUCGUAUGGCAAACCAGACGUCAAAGGCGGCAAUUUUCCUGUCGGCGGGCUUCGAUGCGAGUGAAUGGGAGGGAGCCGGCAUGCAGCGUCAUGUUGUGAAUGUGCCGACUGGCUUUUAUGCCCGCAUCGCUCGGGAUGUCACCAAGAUCGCUGAGGAACAGGGCACAAGUGUCGAUGGUAGACUUAUCAGCGUUCUUGAGGGUGGCUACAGCGAUCGGGCAUUGACCUCCGGAGUGCUCAGUCAUAUCAGUGGUCUUGCUGGCAGUGAGCCUACACCGAAGGGCGAAUCAAAUGGGCUUGACGGCACGACGGAUCAAAGAACGGGGAUCUCGCACGACAGAAGAAACUCGCUGGAGUUGAAGACUCGACCUCACCCCUACGAUCCCAUCUGGUGGAGUCCCGAGGACCUAGAUUUGCUGGAGACCGGCGUCAUGACAUCUCCGCCGCAGGUCAAAGCUGCUCGGAACGGGCCACUUCCAACAUACUGCACACCAACGCAGUCCUCGACCGCGAAGAUGGUCGAAGCCGCACGACUCCGUCGGCAAGCAUCAAUGAACGGAAUUGCACCUCCCAGGCCGCCUACGCCCCCGCCCCCCGAGGUGCCAUGGUAUGUCGCGGCUCACGGGCUUUGUGCGGUGCUGACGCCCACGGAUCGGACGACAACGAGUUGCGGGCCGGAAGACCUUUCUGCUGAAGCUACGCGGAUCCGACGAGACCGGCAGAUGGCUCUGGAAGGCAUCGUACCGCCUGAGGGUGGCAGAAGCACUCCGGCGCCUGCGCCUCCGCCGGCUGCAGCGCCAUCCAGGAUGAGUCUGCGUGAGAGAAAGCCUACGAGUUACUUCGAGGGAGACGAUGAUCUGGGCAAGAACAGGCGGAAGACUGUGGCUGGUGCUUCGGUCACGGCUUCUGAAAAGGGAGCAUCACGCAGCAAUACACCACAGCCUAAUGACCGGGCGCCAACGAGACAAGGACGACGCGUUAGUGCUGCAUCAACGAUCCUUGAAUCUCUUGAUGGCGCUACGGCCUACCCUGCUCCGUUGGAUGAGCGACCAGCGACGUCGAUGACUGAGAGACCAGACACGUCCAUGAGUGUGAGGACGACUACUGCAGGCCCACUUGCCGUCAAGAAGACCAGGGCGCCCAAAGCAAAGAAGGAUGCGCCCAAGACCGCCCGGCCAAACAAGAACACAGCUCCCGCUACAAAAGCUGCAUCAAAACCCAAGUCGUCCAGCCCUAGCGAGCCAGCUCAGAACACACAGGCACCUCCGCCCAAGUCUGGCGAUGAGCUUGACAAGAUCACCACCGGCUUCAAAAAGAUCACGCUGGUUACGAAGCAGCAGAAGGAAGCGCGUGCAAAGAAGGAACUGACAGCUUCGCCACCAAAGCCAGUUGGGGAUGCUAUAGGGAACACGCCUCUGCCGCCAUCCAGCCCUGACCCCAUUGCGGUCCAACAACCAACCCCUUCAGAUGAGAUUGUCUCCCAGGACAGUCUCCCACAGGAGAUACCUCUCCCCAGAAGUGGCCAGGACACACCCACGGGCCCUCCGCCCGAACCUCAAACUGCCACUCCAGAUGUUUUUAUCCAAUACCAGCCGGAAGGGCCUGCCCCGGACAUCGCCGCUCCACAGGAGCCUCUCACGUGGCUUCCCCCAAACACAGCGACGCCCAGCGUGGCCAAGCAAGCGGCGCCAGUCAUGGACACGACGCCCACGCCGAUGAAACACGUUGAUCCGGCCUCGCUCCGGUCACCGAGCCCGAUGAAGCGGGCUGAUCUACCCAUCUUCACACCAACGUCCCAGAUUCCCUUUGCCCCCCGGACACCGACAGACUCGUCGCCUGCAAGGGUCAAGAGCGAGCGGCCGCUUGAUGAUGCCAUCUGGGAGGUUCCCGAGACGCCGGAGUGA